UUGGGGGCUGAUCGCCACCCGGGGACGUCAUUGGCUGGGGCUCAGGUGACGCAACCCGGAGGUGGCGCAGGGAGCACCAGCCCCAGCCUGCCUCCCUCCAGAGCCCACAUUUGGGCCCAGCCCCGUCUAGGGCUGCAUCCCGACCCCAUCCCCGGUCACGGAGUGACCCUUCCUCGUCCGGAUUAUCCCGCCCGGUCCACCCGCCAUGGGCUUCUUAGAGGAGGAGGGCAGCUGGAACCUGUCCUUCGCGGGCGCCGGCUACCUGGGUCUCUACCACGUGGGCGCCACCGAGUGCCUGCGCCAGCGCGCCCCGCGCCUCCUCCAGGGCGCCCGCCGCAUCUACGGUUCCUCGUCUGGGGCGCUCAACGCAGUCAGCCUGGUCUGCGGCAAGUCGGUCGACUUCUGCUGCUCCCACCUCCUGGGCAUGGUUAAGCAGGUGGAGCGGCUGAGCCUAAGCAUCCUGCACCCGGCCUACGCGCCCAUCGAGCACAUCAAGCGGCAGCUGCAGGACACUCUGCCCCCCGACGCCCACGUCCUGGCCUCCCAGCGUCUGGGCAUCUCGCUCACCCGCUGGCCCGACGGCCGCAACUUCCUGGCCACUGACUUCGCCACCCGUGAUGAGCUCAUCCAGGCCUUGGUCUGCACCUUAUACUUGCCUUUCUACUGCGGGCUGAUCCCCCCCGAGUUCAGAGGGGAGCGCUACAUCGAUGGGGCUCUGAGCAACAACUUGCCCUUUGCGGACUGCCCCUCCACCAUCACGGUGUCCCCCUUCCAUGGGACAGUGGACAUCUGCCCCCAGAGCACCUCCCCCAACCUGCAUGAGCUGAACGCCUUCAACGCCAGCUUCCAAAUCUCCACCGAGAACUUCUUCCUGGGGUUCAUAAGCCUCAUACCCCCCAGCCUCGAGGUAGUGGCUGACAACUGCAGACAAGGCUACCUGGAUGCUCUGAGGUUCCUGGAGAGACGUGGACUCACCAAGGAGCCGGUGCUAUGGACACUGGUGUCUAAGGAACCCCCAGCCCCGGCUGAUGGAAACUGGGAUGCUGGCUGUGACCAAUGCCGGAAGAGGGGCCUGUCUCUCAACUGGAAAGUGCCCCACGUGCAAGUCAAGGACAUACCCAACUUUGAGCAGCUCUCGCCAGAGCUGGAGGCUGCACUGAAGAAAGCAUGUACGAGGGACCCCAGCCCGUGGGCCCGCUUCUGGCGCUCGGGGCCUGGACAGGUGCUGACAUACAUGUUGCUACCCUGCACGCUGCCCUUUGAGUACGUCUACUUCCGCAGCAGAAGGUUGGUGGCGUGGCUGCCCGAUGUGCCAGCGGACUUGUGGUGGAUGCAGGACCUGCUGAGGAGCAUGGCCCUCGAGGUUUUCUCCAGGACCAAGGCCCAGGUCCUUGGGCCCAUCAGCCCUCCGGACACUGGCGUCCUGGAAACAAGCCCCCUCCAAUCCCAGAUAGCUCCUUAUAUGGAGGAGCUCAGGCUCACCCAUCAGGCCUGAGGGGGCUGAGCUGGGCCAGCCCAGUGAUUGGUGUCCCUUGAUUCCUGCUCUGGCCUUUGUCCUGUGUGCCCACAUCUGCCCCAGCGGGAAGAGGCCCUGCCAAUCUCCAUGGAGACCCUGCAGCGUGGAGCCAGUUCCCUGGGGCGCAGCCUGUCAGCAUGUCCCCGGUCACUGUGUACCCAGGUCACCUGCCCUACCUCUUGCCCCGUCUCAUCAGGGAGAGAAAGGAGGACAGCCGCAGAGACAUGUCUUAUUUUCAGAAUUUCCAUGGAGGGCUAGGAGGACAGCAUUGCUGCGGAGACGGGCUCCUGUUCUGCCGUGGAGUUGCCCACGGAGCACCUCACAAAAGACGGGGAAAGUGCCUGAUGCCCACGUCAGAGACCAGAGGAGCCAAUCGAGAUGAUGGGGUGGGGGUGCUCCCCCCCAGACUCUUUCUCAGUCCUGUAGUGGCCCUUGGGGGUGACCCCCGGGAUCUACCCCACUCAGGAAACCUUGACUUCUGACUUCCUAUCAGGUCCAGAGGGUGGCAGGCCCUGGCAGGAAGCAGGAGGAGGAGGAGAGGGGGGUCCGGGUCAUUUCAGGAUCCCAGCGGUGUGUGCUUCUGUUGGGCCCAGUGGCCCUUGCUGCCCCUACAGCCUCAUUCCUGCAGGUUUGUGACGUAGCUGUGCCUCUACUUCAGGCAAAGAGGAUGCCAAGGACACCAGGCCUCUGGCCUCUCCAUGAGUCACUGCUCUCCCCAUUGGCAGAGCGGGACCCAUGAUGUGCCCCUGGCCAGGCCCUACGGAAAUGCUCAGUGUCAGUGGAGAUGGGGAGGUUGGAGACAUGGAGGCGUGAGUGAGAACAGGAAGCAAAGGAAUACACGUGGGAACUAAAGAGAAAAUGACCAGCCUGGGCAGCAUAGUGAGACCCCGUCUCUAAAAAAAAAUAAUACAAACUUAGCUGGGAAUGGUGGUGCAUGCCUGUAGUCCUGGCUACUUGGGAGGCUGAGGUUGGAGGAUCAUUUGAGCCCAGGAGGUCAAGGCUGCAGUGAACCAUGAUCACGCCACUGCACCCCAGCCCAGGCAACAAAGGGAGCCCCUGUCUCUAAAUAAAUAAACAAAUAAAGAGACAAUGAGCCACUCA